AUGGUCAAGUCACAUGGGAAACUACCCCUAACUGCGACUGCGGAGGAGGAAAUACCCUCAUAGCCAGAUAAAGCAGAGCAGAGCACAGCGGAGCCUCGGUGACAGCUCGGUGUUGAAGCGGAGAGCAACAUGUUGAGAUUACCAGACCAACUCAUGAGGAUGCACCUGUUUCUGCCGGUGGUGGUGAUUUGGGCUCUUACAUUGUUUUUGCAGACUGCCGCUCAGCCGUGCGACCCGCUAACGCAGUAUAAGAAGAAUGAGCAGUGCUGUCAGAUGUGUGGUCCAGGGACCAGCAUGACGAUAAGCAGCACUUGUCAGCAACCAGUGUGCCAAGACUGUGGGGUGACAGAUUAUCAAGAUAAAUACACAAGUGAACAGAAGUGUCAACGUCAGCCAUACUGUGACCCAAAUAAUAACUUCAGGCCUCCUAACCACGUACGCACAGAAAAAACCAUCUGCAUGUGUAAAGACGGAUUUCACUGCUCUGCUGAAGCAUGCAUAACCUGUGUCCCGCAUACAGUUUGUGGACCGGGAUAUGGGGUUAAAUCCAAAGGCAAUCAUUCACGUGACACUGUGUGUGAAAAAUGCGCCAAAGGCACAUUUUCCAGUGGGAACUCAUCGAGCGGAGUCUGUAUGAAGUGGACAGAAUGUGGGAAUGGACAGCAUGAGCGACAAAGCGGAACAGACAUAUCCGACACCAUCUGUGAGGAAACCAAACGGAACCAUGCUCUCGUGAUCACUAUAUCAAUAAUUGGUGCCUUAUUGGUAAUAGUCAUUGCUGUACUCAUUGUCUGCCGAAAAUAUGGUCAACGAGAUGCGAGAGGAAAUUUAAAGGGCUGUGUGGAAUCGUGUAUGGAAGAAAAGGUGCACCUGCCAGGACACAAACUAAUAACACAACCAACCGAUAACGAAGAAGAAUCCAUGUCGCCUGAGAUGCUGUCCUCACAAGAAGAGAGCUCUUUGAGGACACCGGUGGAAAACGAGGACGAGCCGAGCCAAGAGAUGUCAUCGGAUAUGGGCCAACGUCUCACUGAAAACGGAAACUUUGUGACACAGGAGAAUGGGAAAACAUACGUCCUCUCCAGACAGGAAUCGCAAACUCAAACAUUAACAGACUGAAAACAGCUGCCAUUAAGGUCUCCAUUGUUGAUACCAGGGAGUGUAACCUGUUUGUAUUGUUGCCUCUAUGUUUCAGUUGUACAUAUUUCUCCACAUUAAGUGUUUCCAGUGAAUUUAAAUGAUGUGCUGAAAUGACCAAGUUGUAGUGUAACAAUAUUAAAAGCUAGUGGGCCAGUGAGCAUUAGUUUUUAAGUUGGUAGUGUUUUUUUUGGUGGCAGGCUCAUAUUCACUGUGUGUUUGUUUGAAUUAUGACAACUUUUAUGUCAAUUCUUGCAUUUUGUACAUAAUUGUACAAAGGUAAAGAUGUGUUACGGCAAUGCUUGUGUAUGGAAACAGCAUGUAAUUUAAAAGUGUUUUUAUUUGCAUUAAAAUGUACGGUACUUGACAUUUAAA